UAUGAUAAAAUCUCAAUUCAUUUUUAUCAUUUUUAUCAAAUUUUCAAUAAUUUGAUGUACAUGAAUUCGGUAGAUCAAAAAAACCAUCUACGUCACUAAUUUGUAAAUAUCAAUGUUUACGAGUAUGUAACUAUCUCGUAGUAAAUAGAGAGCUUCCCGAUUAAAAGACUGAAACGAACACACCGACGACACAUUAUUAGCAGAAACACAACCCCUUGCUCUUAAAAAGUUUUCAUUUUUAUCUCUCUCUCUCUCUCUCUCUCUCUCUCUCUCUCUCUCUCUACAUACAUAGCCAUAGCUGUUCGAUCCUUGGGGACUGAGAGCCCUCAAACCCCCAACGCCGGCCAAACAUCUCCGCCCCCAAAAUCCCGCUUGAGAAGUCCACCCCUUUGCUGCAGUUCAUCUUCUCCUUCCCUCCAAUCAAUCUCCUCAUCUCAGAUCUUCUUCAUUGAUCCCUUUUCCUCCAACGUCAAUGUCGACGUCGAAUCGUUUGUGAACCUUUUUCUUGCUGGCAUGCAGAGGAGCGCGGUGGUGAGGACGAUGCAGGUUGUCAGAGUAAAAAGAGAGGUCCUUGCUGCGUGCAUGACAUGCCCCCUUUGCCAUAAGCUGCUCCGUGAGGCCACCACUAUCUCGGAAUGUCUCCAUACGUUUUGUAGGAAAUGUAUUUUUGAAAAAAUCAAUGAUGAAGAGGCAGAAUGCUGUCCUAUAUGUCAGAUUGAUCUGGGUUGUGUUCCUGAAGAGAAGCUAAGGCCUGAUCAUACCCUUGAGGAUGUGAGAACAAAGAUCUUCCCCUAUAAAAGGAAGAAGGCCAAUGGUUCUGAAGUGCCCCCUUCCAUUACAUUGCCAGUUAGGAGGAAGGAACGGUCACUAUCUUCAUUAGUGGUCAACACCCCUCGAAUGGGAGCACAGACAAGCUUGACAGGGAGGCGAACGAAAGCUGGAACUCGGAGGACAUCGGCAUUACGUGGAGUAAGUCCGGUUAUUGAUAAACCUAAGAAGAAAGAAUGUUCUAAUGAUGAUCCUGCAAAUUCCAGUUCAAUGGAGGCCUCAAACAAAAUGUCUCACAGUAGAAGGCAGACUUCAUUGAAUGCAGAAACAUCAAAUCAUAACAGUUCAGAAAGUUAUAAAUAUGAGCAGUGGAAACCUUUGAACUGUCUUGUUGAAGUUGCCAAUAGGACGAAGAGUCUCAAGUGCAGUUCACAAACACUUGUUAUUAAGGCAGAGCAAACAAAUGGAGCUGACAAUGAAAUUCAUAUUUGCCGAACAAAGGCCCGGGAACAACCUUGUAAAUUAAAAAUGAAAGAUGAGAAGAAUAACCAUGUUUCAGCUUCAUCAGCAAUGGCUAAAGCAAGGAGAAUUCAAGGCAGUAGUCGGAAAAGAAAGGAGCAAGGGCCUUCUGCUCAAGCGGUGCUUGAUGUUGCUGACGCCUCACGGGAAAGGAGGAUCUGUCCGGUCUGGCUUUCGUUAUUUUCCUCAGCUGAUCAAAAAGGAGAUUUUUCUUUGCCUCAGAUAUCAGCAUCAUACCUAAGAAUUAAGGAAGGCAAUCUACCCGUUUCUUGCCUCAAGAAAUACCUUGUAAAGAAGCUCAACCUCGCAAGUGAGGAUGAGGUGGAGAUUGCCUGCAGAGGGCAGGUGGUUAGUCCCACACUCUCCCUCCAUGAGCUCACAGAUCAAUGGCUCAGCCAUGGAUGCUCGCAGAGAGUGAAGGCUUCAGUUGGUAGCUCAGCUAAGGAUUUCAUUAUGGUUCUUUCAUAUAGCCGCAGGACAACUGGUCAGUCUACCUGAGCUCUGCUGUAAGUCUGAACCAGAAGUCCUAUUGGAAAAUAUUCAUUAUUUUUUCUUUGGAUGAUUUACAUACAUGCCACACAAUUCCUAUAUAUUUACAUAUCUAACAUCCAAACUUUCAUAUUUACAUUACCUGCUGCUUAAAUCCUUGACAUUAAAUCCAAAAUAACACUACCACUAACGUUGUCAAAGUGAAAUAUACAUUUUCAUGCAGAACACCAAAAUAUUAAGCUUUCGGUGUUAGAUA